AUGGGACGAGGCAUCAAACAGAUCUUGGAAGAGGCGCGACAUGAAUCCUCGAACAUGCUUGAUCUAGACGAGCAGGGACUGAAAGAAAUACCAUCAGAGCUGUGGGAAAUUCAGACUCUUGGAAGACUAAAUCUAUCUCAUAACAAGAUUACUGAUCUGCCAGAAGACAUUGCAAGACUCAGCAAGCUGGAAUUACUGACCAUAUUCAAUAACAAGCUGGAUUCAUUGCCAAAGUCGAUAUCAUCGUUGCCGUUGCUCAAGAUAGUCACCGCCAGGCAUUUGGUGUUGAGAGAUAACAAGCUUGUCUCGCUACCCAAAGAGAUUGGCAAACUCAAAGAAAUUCGAUUCUUAUUGUUACAAGGCAAUCGUUUGACUACUCUGCCAAAAGAACUUGCAAACACGCCAUUGGACAGUUCUGGUGCUAAAUUGAGACUGGCUGGUAACCCACUUGCAAGUGCUAUCGUUGAUGUCCUAAAGAGGACUGGCGUACCUGGGCUCUUUGCAUUGAUGCGGACUGAAGAGUAUGAAAAGGAUGUUGAGAACACUAUUGGGUAA